AUGAAGUUGGUUUUGCUGGACAGUGGCAUCAAGACAAGGAAUACCCGCAAGAUUUUUGCAGGAACCAAGCUUGUGCUGUCUGAACUCGCCAAGGCGAGUAACCCUAACGCUAACAUGGAGUACGUGGACAAGCAGCUCGUGGAAGCGGAUUGCAUAAUCCUACGGGAGGACUGUGGGAUGGGCACAGCAGCCACAGCAGCCGAACAAGGAGGACUGUGGGAUUUUUGUUUGUCAAUGCGGCGCGACUUGUGUGCACACACGUGCGGAGAUCUUAUUCGGCAGCUGGAAGAACUGGGGAUCGAAAUCCCUCCGCAAGACGCAGUCCGGGUUACGGAGGAGGGGGCAGUGGUGUUGGAGAGGAAUAAUGUUAUGGGAGAUGGGAGGCAAGCACCGAUCAUUCGCCCUGUGGAGGACGGACGGGUUACGGAGAUAACGAGGGAAGUGGCGACUUUGAAGAACGAUGUGAGGUACCUAGACGCGAGCCUCACCGUCAUAACCAACUUUGUAGGAUUGAGGAGGGACGAGGUGGUGUCCGCUGCAACCCAACUACUGCUGCAUGGGAGUCAUGUGGGAACCGGCGCGAAAGCAGAGGCAGGUGCCACCAAGAAUGCUCCACGCACUCCACAGCGUCCGUCUGGUUCACGCUUGCAACAGAACCCGCUGCUCGCGCACGGGUCCAUACCUCACUGGAUGUUCACGCGUGGGAGACGGCUACUCGGGGUGAGUGGGCCGGCUGGAGCUGAUGCGUGGGGAGAUACGCGAGGGCAUGAGACGAUGAAGGCCGAAGAGGAAGAGGAUCUCGUGUCCGACACAGAGGACGAAGAGGAUGACGACGAUACGUGUGCCACCAAGUACACAGGAGUGAAGUUGGAGAAAGCAUCCGGCAAGUACGGCGUCAAGAUCCUGAUUAAAGAAGGUGGAAGGCGUAAGCAGCAGCGACUGGGAGCAUACACCUCGGAGGACGAGGCGGCGUUCGCGUACGCCGCAGGUGUGUUCGUGCUGAGGCCACGUGACAAUAUACCCGACAUGGCCAGCCUGUCAUCCGCAGAGAAGGCAAUGCUGCGUGGAUGCACCAAGGAAGAUCUGCAGCUCCUGGUGGAAGCGCGGAAGUGGUGGAGGUGGCGGAGCUGGCGGGAGGCGCUGGAGGGCGUGAGCAGCAAGCUGAAACGCGGGAGGAAGCGUGGGGUUGCCAUAGGUACAUCAAAGAGGCGUAGGGUGGUGGAUAGCAACAACGCGGCUCCCAACGAACCAGAGGUCCCUGAAAAUGCUGAGAGUGGGGAAACGGCCACUGUGACCAACGACAACGGCGGAGGUGCAAGGAACACCGGCCAGGAAGAGCGUGGGGAAGACACUGCUGCACAUGAGAAGACCGCUUGCUGUUGCGUGCUUGUAUGCAUGUUUGAUGAAUGCGAAGUCGCGUGCUUACAUAGUAUGACGGCGGGUGCCGAGAGUGCAGAUUCGUCCGAGCGCAGCGAGGAGGAUGAUGAGGAAGGCUCCGACACAUCGGCCUCGGGCUCACACGAAGAAUCCGGCGACGCUGCUACGGGGGGGAAGACGUACGGCGGUGGGUGUGUGGGAACCGCUGCGCCCAAUGCCGACAUGCGCGCAAAUCGCGAAGCGCAGGACACGGAUGUGCAUCUUGGUGAUGGCCGAGGACAUGUGGACGGACAUGUGGACCGCACCUGCGGGAACCCAUUGGACGCCAACGGCGAUGACGUGCGCAUCCCGAGCAGGGUUUUCGAGCAACUUAUACAGGCUCAGGACAAGAGCGCCAAGGAGAACGCGCGGUUGGAGGCGUUGUUCUUGAACGCAAUGUCUCGGCCUUCCAGUGGCUCUCGUAGGCGUAAGGCUCAGAAGCAGAGAGACCCGGGGCAGGGUUGUAUGAACCCGAAGCGUCAGCGUGGCGAGACGUGGAGUGGCGGGUCCGAUGAUGACGGCGAGGACGACGAGGAAGGCACGCAUGGUUCUAGUGGCCGUCAUAUGCGUACCGCAAAGUCUCCUAUUUUGCAACGCGCUUUGGAGCAUCUGCCGACUGACAAGGCAUGGAAGGUGAGCGGACAUGUUUCCGUAAGGGUCCAAUGGGUUUGCGAGCUCGCCAGGGUUCACAUGUUUCUCAACAGGCCGACAUCGACGAUGACCUUCUACCCGAGCAGCGACGAUAAGACUCACGGAGUGUGUGCGGUGCUGGACCGCCUGCCGCAUAGCUUCGCCUGUUUGGCGUUGGCGGCUGACAAGUCGCGUCGAGCAGAUCUCAACAAGAUGCUCUCUGAGUGGAAGACCAGGGCUGCCGCUCGCGUGCGAGACAUUGCACUUCCCAAGCUCGGCAUGUUCCGCGACGACAGGGACGCAUCCAGCCCGUGGGCACCCGAGAAGGAGCGUAGUAUCGAGAAGAUAAGGGAGCGUAUUGGGCUUGGCGCUGACCCCCCUGGUGAGUGCCGGCGAAAUGCGAUGGAGUCGUUGACCAGUUAUAGUUAUGCACCUAUGAAUGCCUGGCGGACACUGAUACUGACAGUGCGCAUGUGGUGUGCAGAAACCCUGGUGCUCACGAGCUGGGCGACAGACAAGGAUGGCAUUCCGUUUGCCUCUCGUGCGUUCGCGACAUGUGCGAAGGCUGCAUUCAAGCCGAAGAAGGCAGGGCUGGUGAUGACACUGAAGGUGUACCACCUGGCCUGGUUGGAGCAUGUGGUAUCCGAUUGUGUCCUCUACUGGGAGGAGAGGAAAGGCCGGCUUUCCAACUCGGCCGGCGGGAACGCCCACGUUGUGGGCGGGCUCAAGGUCCUGGUGAAGGAGGCCGUGGAGAGGGCGAUCCGGAUCCGCAACCCCGAGUAUGACGCGGAGCGCGAGGCGUGGAUCUAG